AUGCUCUACCUAGACUACAAAGAUAAGACAGCCGAAGCGUUGCAAAGCUUCCAAGAAUUGGCCGAGUGUAACUACACCCGGAAAAACAUUGGUAGUUCAGGACAAAAUGAAAUCAUGACUUGUGAUUGUGUGGAGGAAUGGAACUCCGAAAAUCAAUGCAAUAUGGCAUGUGGAGAAGAUUCUGACUGUAUCAACCGAGUUACCUCUGUAGAAUGUGUCAAUUCUCAAUGUACUUGCGGUGAGAACUGUCAAAAUCAAAGGUUUCAACGGAAACAAUACGCACAAGUUGCUGUUAUUCAAACAGAGAAGAAGGGUUAUGGAUUACGUGCACAGGAAGACAUCCCAGAGGCUGGGUUUGUAUACGAAUAUAUUGGUGAGGUUAUCGACGAACCGACUUUCCGUAAACGUAUGAUAGAAUAUGACACGAACAAGUUCAAGCAUUUUUACUUUAUGAUGUUGAAGAAGGAUUCGUUUAUUGACGCCACCGUCAAGGGUUCAUUGGCAAGAUUCUGUAACCAUUCAUGUAACCCGAAUGCUUAUGUUGACAAAUGGGUUGUGGGAGACAAAUUGAAAAUGGGGAUCUUUGCUAAACGGAAGAUUUUAAAGGGUGAAGAAAUCACUUUUGAUUAUAAUGUUGACCGAUAUGGAGCACAAUCCCAACCAUGUUAUUGUGGUGAAAAGAACUGUCUCAAGUUCAUGGGGGGUAAGACACAAACCGACUCGGCCUUACUUCUCCCUGAAGGGAUUUCCGAGGCCUUGGGGGUUACCCAUCAACAAGAAAAACAAUGGCUUAAAGAAAAUAAACAUCUUAGAUCUAAACAACAAUCUGAUGAUUCUAUCAUUAACGAAGCAUUUGUGAAUUCAAUCAAGGUUGGAGAAAUUACCAACCUGGAGAAUGUUUCAAAGGUUAUGGGUGCAUUGAUGAAGCUGCAAGAUCGUUACAUUGUGAGCAAAUUGAUAAGGAGGAUCUAUUUAACCAAUGAUUCUAAUGUGAAUUCUCUGAUUAUUCGUAUGCAUGGAUAUAAGACCAUGUCUCAACUUCUUAAAGGAUUCAGAUCAACUGAAGAAGAUUUAGUUGAAAUGAUUUUGGAAAUUUUACUUAAAUGGCCAAAGGUAACUAAAAAUAAAAUUUCAUCUUCAGAGAUUGAAGAUGUAGUUAAGGAGAUUGAAAAAUCUACCAAGGAUUCAACCAUUAAAAGACUUUCUGCCAGUUUACUUAGAGAAUGGGGAAACUUACAGAUGGCAUAUCGUAUCCCAAAGAACUUUUCUCGGGAUUCAGAAUCACCAGCUGUUUAUGGACGUGUUCAUGGAUCUAGAUCAAGAAGUCCAGAAAGAGUGGAUCAUACGAACGGCAAUAACAGCAAUGCAGGUGAUGAAGAGGCUGAGAUUGUAGACGUUGAAGAUUUACCUGAAGGUUGGGAAUAUGCAGUGGAUCCAGAAUCUUUAUCGACAUAUUAUUUCCACAGAGGAUUGAAUAUUUCUAGAUGGGAUAAACCUACUGGAGCUAUUCCACGUGGACCUAGAUCUACAUUGACUGCAGAACAGACCAAUUCGAAUGGAAAUGGCACUCCUGAAAGACAUUCAAAUAACAAAAGGAAAGAUGAACAUCAUAAUGGACAUAACCACCACAACAGCAGUAACAAUAAUAAUAAUAACAACAACAAAAAUAAUAAUAAUAAUAAUAAUAAUAAUAAAGAGAACCCAGAAGUUUUAUACGCUCAAAGAGAAGAAGAGAGGCUUAAAAAGGAAAGAGAAAGACAAUUUCAAGAGUUGCAAGCGAAGGACAAAUUACUUCAAGAACUCAUUAAAAAAUCACAACAAGAAGCAGAGGAGAAACGAUUAUUAGAGGAGAAAAUCAGGCAAGAUGCUAUUGAAAAGGAGAAGGAGAGACAAAGACAAAAAUAUCAACGUUCUCUGCAAGGCAGAAAGUCUAGUAGAGGUACUGAAGGAAAUUCUGCAAAUUCACAGUGGACUAGAUUAUUUGCAAAAUGUGUUCCAAAUAUGGUUAAGAAACAUGAACAGGAAAUUGGACAUGAGUCAUUGAAGUCCUGUGCCAAAGAUAUUGUUAAGAUAUUAGUCGAGAAAGAAAUCAAAAAGAGCUCAACUCCACCAACGGAGCUUGACAAGCAUAAACUUAAAAAGGUCAAUGAAUUCUCCAGAAUAUAUAUGGAGAAGUUUUUGGUCAAAUAUAGAACUAAAAACUCCAAGAGAAAGAAUUCUGAAGGAAGUUCAACUAUGGCCAAGAAACUGAGGGUUGAGUAG